AUGGUCAUCGGCUCUCCUCUGGAUUUCCAAGAGCGUGCCGUCAAUACCUGCACGAUUCAGAGUAUACAGUCUGUGGUCACCAAGCUGAACCCUUCUGUUGCUACUCCUUACUGCCAAUCUCUUCUCAAGGUCUCUACAAAGACUGUGAACAAAACCAUUAAGCCUUCGUCGCCGUCGAAACAUGUAGUGACUGCGACUGUGUCCAAGACAGUCACCUCGACCAAGAAUGUCACUAAGAACGUCACGGCAACAACAACUAGCUCAUUCAAUGCAUCGGAUACUAGAAUCAAGAAGAGUACAAGCACGUCUAGCAAGAAGAGCAGUAGCUCCGCCAGACCCAGCAGCAGCAUCAGCAGCAGCAAGAGUGCCAGCAGCUCUUCAAGUACAAAAAGUUCGACUUCGUCCCUGCCCAAAUCUUCUUCAUCGGCACUGUCGACCUCAUCGAAAUCAUCGUCUAGCCGUGCUCCGACAUCUUCGACGGGCAGCACUAGAUCAUCGUCAAGUUUGUCAAGUUUGCCAAGUUCUUCAAGCAUUGCUCGUCUGAGCUCGACAUCGUCUCCUAGCAGCACCGCUCGUCUCAGCUCGACACCAUCUCCAAGCAGCAGCCGAAGCUCAAGUUCUACUUCGGUGUCUUCAAGCAGCACACGCUCUUCUUCAACUCUGUCUUCUUCGUCCAUCGAAUCGGCUUCAUCCUCUGCGUCUGCUUCAGCGCCUUCGUCUACGAGCAUCACCACGAGCCCUUCGAGCGUUCGACCUUCUACAAGCACAAGUCCCUCGUCCGAAGGAAGCAUGCGGGUCAAUGGAAUUAUGGCUCCAGUCUCAGGAUCCUCUUCUACAUCGGACUCUGCUUUAGUCUCAACCUCAACAACCGCAUCAUCUUCGUCUUCAUCGUCAGCCGAGACUUCGUCGCUUAUCUCCAGUGGUAGCAGCACUUUUUCGAACCGCUUUUCCAAUGCUACAAUUUCCAGCACUUUGUUCUCUAAUGGAACAUCGACCAACGCCGGGAGCACUGUAUCAUCCACAGGAUUUGUCGAUCUUUCCCCCACUUCCGCAGGAAGCUCUGCUUCUGCAAGCUCAGGAAUCACCAAACGCGGUGUCGAAGAGCGAGCGGUGAGCUCAAGCAGAAAGACAACAAGUACCAAGAAGCCGUCAAGCACAAGUUUCAAGAAAGUCACAAGCACACCGAAGGCCAGCACAAGUUUGAAGAAGACGACAAGCACAAACAAGCCGGUCACGAUUAGCUCCAAGAAGAUGACGAGCAGUGUCAAGAAGAUCAGCACUUCUAUCAAAGCUGUCGUCACGUCACAGAAGGUCAGCACAAGCUCGGUCAAGACAUCGAGUGUUCCCAUCAACAAGGGUCAGCCUGUACUUUUCAACGGCCUCAACAAUGCGCAGCAGUCCAGCAUUUGCAGCUGCUUGAACGUACCUACGCCCACGGUCACAAGGAGUGUUUUGGUUGAUAGCUUCACUACGAUUACCUCAACCGUUACCGCCGUUCAAACCAUUGUCAGCUCUAGCACGACAACAGCUUACCACACUACUACUGCGACACCCGAUCUCUUCUACAUGCAAGUCUCGAGCAAGAGCAACGCAGCGAUCAACGGGCAAUGGGCAGUGCUCCCAGGAGGCAACGAACUCCUGGGCUUCACAGCAGGAAAAGCUGCAGCCAGCGAAUUCUUCUUCACCGCACCCGGGCUGCUUGUGGAAUAUCGAUCGAGCUUCAUUGCCAAUGUCGAGGACGGCAACUUUGUCACGUCCUUCUGGAUGAACUCUGUGGAGCGCAUGUACAAUGUUUCUGCGGUGCCGCUGCCUUGCAGUAAUCAAGGUGGACAACUCUUGUGCAAGAGUGGUAAUCUUGAGCAGCUGUAUUGGUGCAAUGUUUGGGGGACUACGUCUUUGGUCAUUGGGCCUGCGACUUAUAAUAAUGGGCUAUGCAAGCCAGUGUCGCUUGACAUAGUACCGGCAUAG